AUGCAUUCUUUCGAUCUCUGCUCUGCAAGCUACCUGUGACGGUCUCUCGCAUUCCAUCUAUUUGCUUGGCUUCCUUUCGUUCGCUGUCUCUCGUUCUAUACCUCCCUUGUCAUACCAAGACCCUACAUCGAGUCAUACGUCGGAACUUCCCAAAUUUUGUCCCUGGCAGCGAUCGCAAUCCAAAGCUGCUUUUGGUCGCAUCGUGGGCUGGCCUCGUGGUUGUGGAAAUUCCUACAUUCUCCCCUCGCCAUGCAUGCGUCUCGCAUAAUCCCGUCGACCUUAUCUAUACUGGCCCUACUGAGUCAGUUUCAACUCUCGAUAGCUUCACCAUUGGAACCCGAGGUGAGUCUCGAGGAGGCCACCUUGGAGAAACGCUGUUCGAAUCCUUGCGGUUAUUAUAGCCAGCUUUGCUGCAGCUCAAGCGAAACAUGCAGCACCAACAGUGAUGGCGAAGCUGAGUGCGUCGGUUCCGGAAGCUGGGAGUAUUACACCACCACGUAUGUCGUGACCGAAACAGAGCGUGCGACUUUUACUUCAACCUGGAGCUCCUACAUUUCGGCAACAACGAGCACUGGCAGUUGCAAUGCCGAGUAUGGUGAAACGGUCUGCGGCAGUGACUGUUGCGGCCCUGCAUAUGUCUGCUCCAACAAUCAAUGUAUCCUGGGAAGCACGUCAAUCUGGGCAACCGCGACUGCCACACCCCCCGUACGUGGAACAACGCUAUCGACUGUAACUCAAACGGCCACUACUACUGAGCCUUUCACUGCCCCUGUGAGCACAAGCGGCACGCCAUUGGUUGUGAAGGGCUCCGGCGGAGGACUCAGCGGCGGAGCCAUCGCGGGCAUUGUUAUCGGAACAAUUGCCGGCGUGUUCCUUCUGUUACUCCUUUGCGCCUGUAUGUGCUGCCGUGGAGCACUUGAUUCUGUGCUUGCUUGCCUUGGUCUCGGUGGUGGUAGGAAGCGGAAAGAAACCACUUACGUUGAAGAACGUCGUCGUCGUCGUCACCAUUCUUCUUCCGGGGCUAGACCUGAGCAACGCACCUGGUUCGGCAGUCGACCGGCACCAUCAACAGCAGGUGGCGGUAAGAAGAAAGAGUCUGGCAUGGGUGCUUUGGCGACCAUUGGAAUCGUCCUAGGUGCGAUCGCGCUGUGCCUUGGGUUGAAGAGGCGCAGAGACCAUCGUGACGUGGAUGAGAAGAGCGAUUACACGUAUCCGAGCACCUACUACAGUUACUACUCCUCUGACUACUAUACCAACGAUGGAAGCGUUGUGACAGAUGAUCGGCGGACGAGAGACACCAGAAGAACUAGACGAUCUCGCACGCGUUCACGAAGAUGAUGAUUUUAUGAUUCCGACCAACGAAAAAGGAUGACUUACUGAGAAACAACGAUUUUUUAGCUAUGAUUUGAGUCUUCGGACUUUAUUUGAUCGAUUU